AGUCCAGUCCACGUUCUUUCUCUCAAACCCUCUUAAAUACAUCUUUCAUUCUCGACCAGUAGUUGUUCUUCCGAAAGAAAGAUCUUUCAGAUAUUAUUAUUUAGCUGUUGUUCCAAGAUUCGAUUUUUCUGUCCAUAUAAUAAAAGGUCUCGUCUUUUUAUUACAGACAGACAACGAUGAAGAUUCAGUGCAACGUGUGCGAGUCGGCGGAGGCGAAGGUGCUCUGCUGCGCCGACGAGGCGGCGCUGUGUUUGGGUUGCGAUGAGAAAGUUCACUCCGCUAACAAGCUCGUCAGUAAACACCAGAGGGUUCCUCUCUCUACCUCUUCUUCUCAGAUGCCCAACUGUGAUAUUUGCCAGGAAAGUGCGGGGUAUUUCUUCUGCCUGGAGGAUCGAGCUUUGCUUUGCAGGAAAUGCGACGUCGCUAUACACACAUCCAACUCCUUAGUUACGGGGCAUCAGAGAUUCUUGCUCACCGGAGUUAAAGUAGGUCUCGAAGUUGCCGAAAACAAUCCACCACCCAGGAAUAUUCCUUCUCAUUCUCAUUCACAUUCUCAUUCUAACGAGAGAAUCGCAAGAUCGGAAGUGCCACCUCCCCCUAAAAAUAAAACCAAUGCAGUAUCGUCGUCGACCAAUAGAAGCUUGCCACCUGUCGUCCAGGCAAGAGUGUCCGAUGAUGUUUCAGCAUCAAGGCUGCUGCCGCCUUACACUGGCGGCUCGCAACCUGGAAGUAGCUCCCAGUGGCAGAUGGACGAACUUUUCGAACUCGGCGAUGGCAAUCAGAUUUUCAAUUUCAUGGACAACGAUUUAUGCAAGGCGGAUAGUGGGAAGCUAGGAGAUUCGGAUUGCUCACCAAUUCUACGAGACGGUGAUGGGGAAUUCGAUGGGGAUGAGUUCAUGGUACAGGUGGCGGAUACGUAUUGGACGGUGCCGGAGAUGCCUUCUCCACCAACAGCAUCGGGGCUUCACUGGUCGAAAAAUCCACGGAAUUACGCGGAUUUUGCUGCUUUUGUGCCCGAUAUAAGUUCCUCGCCUUUGAACAACCGUCACUCAAAUCUUGAUAUAUCGAAGCGCAGAAGGCGUUUCUGAUAAUUUAUAUGCAGAGGUGUAGGAUAGGAGGGUGCUACUACUACUACUUGUCACAAGACGAAGAGUAACGUUUUCAUUUUCAUAGCGCUUUUGAUCGGUUUGUGUAUUUGUUUGAUUUCUUUUCUCCUAGUUAGUUUCUAGGAUGUUUGGAACUGCAAUAUUUAAUAACCUUCAUUCAGAGUGAUGUAUAUUUAGUUUAAUUGAUUGUGUUUUCUUUAAA